AUGCUGAAGUUACCUGAAUUUGUACCAGCUAAUGAACUCAGUGAAAAAUGGUCAAAGGCCAUUGAAGAUGUAUGGAACUACAUCAAGAUUAUUAUUGGAGAUGGUCCUGAAAAACAAGCAGUUGAACUUGUGUCCAAAGUGAGAAAUUUGUUAGUGCGAAUAGAAAUGCAAUUCAGUGAGGCAUGUCUCUUGGAAUUUGGUCAGGAAGGCUGUUUGCCUACAGCAGUGAAUGUGGCAUGGUUAGAUAUCAUCAUGUAUUGCAUUAAUCACCUGUUGAUCACCACACCAUGCCUUGAUACAAGUUCAUUAGAAGACCAGGAGUGCCCACCAGAGAUUGAAGUUGUGUAUCGAAAGUCAGCCCUCACCUCCUAUAAACCUGAUGUUGCCUGGAGAGAUGCUGCUUCAGAAAUGAGGAUGCGAGAGGGUCCCACACUGAAGUCCACUUAUAUCCAAUCAGUUUCACAAAUGAUGCAAAACAAGAAAAGCCAAUCCACUGAAUUACUGAAAACUCAAAUUGAAUCCAUCAAGUUUUCUCUUGAUCAAGAUUUAAUGGCUAUAAAUGCAAAAUCAAUUGACCAACUGAAGACAUCUCUGAAUGUCGAGAAACUUCACAAUAACAAUUUUGAAGAUUUCUUGGAACGCUCAUUGCAAGAAGGAUUCUUUGAAGAGGAGAAUACUUUCAAGAAUUUUGGAGAGAGUGGUGGCUCCACACUCCUGGACAACUGUGCUGAGCAGUCUGACAAAAGUGAUCACUGGCUGUGUGAUGGGCUUACUCCUGUAAAUAAAUCUACAGAAUAUGAAGAUGAAUUGUCUCCUGAUUUUGAAAGUGAUCACUCUUUGGAGGACAGGAUUACAAUGUUAAAGAAUGAGUUGGAAUCUUGUAGAAAAGCUAGCAGCUUUAUGGAGUGUUGUUUGAAUUCUUUGGUGGUUGAUCCAUUUUUGGUAGAGAUGGACACAAAACAUGGUGACCAGGAUAACUCACUCUCUGACAGGAAACCAAUUCCGAAAUGA